CUUUGUAAAUCAUUUCAGAUUAAAAGCUUUCUCGGUCUACAGACGACAGAGAGAGAGAAUUGAAGAUGCCGAUAGAGAUGCCGAGGGGGUUGCCAUUUUCGGUUGAUACAUGGACGCCUUCCUCCAACAUGAAGAGGACUCAUUUCCUCACCCACGCUCACAAAGACCACGCGCAAGGGAUCCUCUCUCACGCCUCCUAUCCUAUCUACUCCACGCUCCUUACCAAAACUCUUCUCCGCCAAUUCUACCCUCAGCUUGAUGAAUCGAUGUUCGUAGGUAUUGAGGUCGGUCAAUCUCUGGUGAUUGACGAUCCGGAUGGUGAUUUCGUUGUCACUGCGUUUGACGCCAAUCACUGUCCAGGAGCAGUGAUGUUUCUGUUUGAAGGAAGUUUUGGCAAUGUAUUUCACACAGGAGAUUGCAGAUUAACCCCCGAGUGUUUGCUAAGUUUACCAGACAAGUACAUUGGCAAGAAAGGGAAAGAACCAAAAUGUCCAUUUGAUUACAUCUUUUUAGAUUGCACAUUUGGUCAAUGUCCUGUGAAGAUGCCCAGCAAACACUCAGCGAAGCAGCAGGUUAUCAACUGUAUAUGGAAACACCCUGAUGCCCGUGCGGUGUAUUUGGCAUGUGAUCUUCUAGGUCAAGAAGAGAUACUUGUAGAGGUGUCACAAACAUUUGGUGAGAAGAUAUAUGUAGAUAAAGACAAAAACUUAGCGUGCUUUAACUCGCUUAAACUUAUAGCCCCUGAGAUCAUAUCAGAAGACCCAUCUUCACGUUUCCAACUAUUUGAUUGCUUCCCAAAACUAUAUGAAAGAGCUGGAGCAAUGCUAGCUGAUGCACGUGCCAGUUUUCAGCACGAACCCCUUAUUAUACGUCCUUCUUCACAAUGGUAUGCUUGUAAUGAGGGUGUUUCUGAGAUAGAAAAGCAAAGAAAGAAAAGAGUUGAUCAAGCUGUCAAAGAUAUGCAUGGUAUUUGGCAUGUAUGCUACUCAAUACACUCAUCCAGAGAGGAAAUGGAUUGGGCCUUGCAACUUCUUGGGCCUAAAUGGGUAGUGUCAACAACGCCUAGCUGCAGGGCUAUGGAGCUGGAUUAUGUUAAAAAGCACUGUUUUAAAAAUCGACAAACUUUUGACAACUCUCUAUGCAAACUUCUUGACAUUAAUAUGGUAGAGUCUUUAGUUCCAGAUGGAUCAAAUGAAAAUUUGAGCAGCUCUCAUGUGGUGGACAUCUCCAGUGGCUAUAUAGAAAAGCAAUCUGGACCUUUUGUCAGAUCCACCUACCAGCGGAAACGGUUGAGUUUAUCUCCCCCAAGCAAAAGGCCAAUGGUCACAUUAUUUGGGCAAGCGAGGCUUGGACUCACCUAUUCAUCCUUCCUACUUGAAUGUAAAGAUGCAUCAGUCAUUUGUAACUCUGAGGAGAAAGAACUGAUUGUGGCAAAAAAUGUUUCCUUUCAGAAAAAAAAUGUUAUAACUGAGAAUUCUGAAGAGCAAUUUGUAACAAUGAGACAAAUUGAGUUUUCUGGAACAAAUUGCAGUGGGCCUAACAAUACUUAUGAUAAGGAGAUUUCCACCAGUAGCUCAAUGGCGAAAUCAGCAGCAGAAACAAAGAAUGUGUCAUUUGAGAAAGAAGAUAUUACUCAAGUGAAUGCUAAAGAGCAAUUACAAACCAAGAGAAAAGUUGAAUUUACUGAGACAAAUUCCACAGAACAUGCUGCUACCCUAACUGUGAGGUCUUCGAACUGCUAUGAUGAAAACUUUAGAAGAUUAUACAGGUCUAUGAAUGUACCAGUGCCUCAGCGCCUUCCCUCUCUUGUGAUGCUAAUGAAAACCAAAAAAUCUGCAAGGAAGAGGACUUAAAAAAAUUCUUUCUCUACAA